AUGCCGUCGUUAUCGCGCGUCGUCCCCGUCCUUCUCCUCCUCCUCCUCCUCCUCCACGCGUGUCUCCUCGGCGUCCUCGUCGCGCCCGCGGACGCGAAAAUGAUCGAGCUCAAGACCUCCGCGGGCGCGACCGUGCACGCCGUGCAGCUGGACGUCCCCGCGUUCGCGGUCGCGGACGAGCUCGAAGACGCGUACGUGAUCGCGAUGAGCGCGAAGCGCAAAGCCGAGCCGCUGUCCGAGGACGAGAGAGCGAAGGUGAGGAACGCGGAGGCGGUGAUCACGACCGAUCACCGCGGGAUCCGGUACUUUUGCACGCUGCCGAGGUCGGCGGCCGGGGCGGCAGCCGGCGCCGGCGCCGACGCCGGCGAAGAAGCGCGCGCGGGGUCCUCGUCGUCGAUCGGCGAGCUCCUCGACGAUUUAAAGAACCAAUGCUUCUAUCGCAUCGAGGGCUGGUGGACGUACGAGUUCUGUCACGGGAAAGGCAUCCGGCAGUAUCAUCAGGACGACAAUCAGGUCGUCACCGCGACGUUUUCGCUCGGCGCUUUCGACGCCGCCGCCACGCGCGCGGCGCACGACGCGCGCGGCGAAGUCGCGGCGGCGACGUCCGCGGGGUCCGGCGGAGAGGCCACCGCGCCGUACCACGCGCACGUGUUCACCGGCGGGACGCCGUGCGAUCUGACGGACUUGGAGCGAGAGACGGAGGUCAGGUUCACGUGCGCGCGGCAGAGCGCGGGAGGGGGAGUCGGCGUUGAAAGCGGCGACGCGGAGAGAGAAAAACUAAACGCCGCCGACGCGAACGUCAACGCGAUCGAGAGGAUCGACGAGGCGUCGACGUGUCGCUACACGAUGACGUUCACGACGCCGUCGCUGUGCGCGCACGACGCGUUCCGGACGAAAGAGCAGGUCGUGCGCGACAUCGUGUGCAGGCGGUUCGACGCGGAGGGCGGGGAGGAGGAGGAGGAGGCGCGCGGCGGAUCAGGCGGGAGCGGCGGCGACGGCUUCGAGGAAGACGCCGAGGCGGUGUUUUCGCGACGGGGCGCCGACGGCGAGCUGUAG